AGUGUGUGUGGAGGGAAUAUGUCGGAUUUUUAAUUAAGUAUACACAUAUGUAGUCCGGGAGUUCAUUAAGAGCAAUACAAUGGCAAAUUUUAUUUAUAAAUUCACGAUUUGCCUGGUUGUUGCAGCCUUAGCACAAUUGAUCGUGGCGGAUACAUCAACUAUAGAACGUAUAAAGAAACAUAAAGAGUGGCUAAAUACACACAAUAAACUUAAAUCGGAUAGAGCAAAGUUUACGAAGGGGAAAUCAUCUAUUGAACUGGCAAAUUUAUGGCGCAUAAAUAAGCAACCGAUAGAAAAACAAAAUUCCAGUAUCAAUGAGGUGUACGCAGAGAACGAAACCACAUCUAUGAAGGCCAAUAUAAUUGGGGGUAGUAAUGAUGGAUUGGAACCAACGAAAUCAUCGCAAACGCAUCUUUUGCGAAGUCUCGGCAAUGCACAACAACAGUUUAAUAAUAUCACGUCAUUAAAACUACCAGAAACUUCGACAACGACGACGAUGACCACAACGACUUCUAUACCAACUUCGGCUAUAUCACUGACAACUGAGCCGAUCUUGCUUAAAGCUGAAGAUACUUCUACAACGACGAGUACGACAACCAGGAAACCGAAACUUAAAGUUCGACCUUAUCCCAGAUGGGCAAGUUGGAGUUCGUGGAGUGAAUGCUCCCGGAGUUGUGGAGGCGGUGUAAUGCAUCAGAUACGCAAAUGCAUUGAUCGGUAG